AUAAACAAGCGAAUGACCGGCGGCCGAUGAAUCAUCCGUGUAAUUAACCACACGACCGCACAGUAUAAUCGAUUACGUGUGCGCUACGGCUAGCAACUGGCGAGCCUUCCUAUUUUUCCAUAGAGAUUAAUUAUGUAAUGUGGUUUUCUCUCCCGUGACCGUUGACGACAUUAAGAACGUUUCAUGCCGCCGUCGCUGUUAAGCCGUUAGAGCUUUCGCGUCCCCGAGUAGGCUUGUAACGUAAAAUAUAUACCACUUCAAAAAGAGGAAGGGGGAAAAAAUAUUCGCACGUUACAAUUUCCGGUAAUCUGUGAUCACCCGACUCAUCACCCGCGACAAUCGCCCUUAACAAAAACAAUGGUAGCCCAUACCGUACUUCUGGACUUCACGGUGUCCAGCAGCGUGAUCGCCGAUAUGGAGAAGCGAUCCGGCUUGAAAAAGGCGAUCGCGAACGUACUGGCGGAACACUUCGUCGGUCUCAAGCCGCUGACAGAGUCCACCAUCGACGGCAGUUUGCUCGUUUUGUAUACCGGACCCAGGGGCAGUCUAAUCACUGUCAGAGGAUACACAGAGGGUCUAAUUACAUUAAACAUCGAGUAUUACAAGCAGGACGACCAGGAGGCGCUCUUAACUUUUGAGCAGUGGCGAUACUUGGAAGCUGAUGUUGCCAUGGCUUUGAACAGCCAGCGCAGCAAACGUUUACCGCCAGUAAGACGAGGAACCAUAUAUGACCUCUAUCUGACACUAUCAGACGAGCGACUGCUGGAAUAUGACAUCGACAAGCUCGUGUUCGAAGCUAGAUCACCGUAUCAGAAGGUACAAAUUGUGCAUUCCAAAUCGCUGGGCAAUCUCCUGGUGCUCGACGAGCUGCAAAACAUGUCCGAGGCGGAUCUCAUAUAUACAGAAACGCUGAUGCAACGAGGUAAAGAAAAUUACGCCGGCAAGGAGAUAGUGAUACUCGGUGGCGGCGACGGCGGCCUAUUGUGGGAAUUGUUGAAAGAGAAACCAAAAUUUGUCACGAUGCUAGAAAUCGAUGACAUUGUCAUGAAAGCCUGUAGUCAGCAUAUGCGAAGCAUAUGUGGCGAUUGCCUAGACAAGAGAAAGGGCGAUAAUUAUGAAAUCAUUGUCGGCGAUUGUGUGAAAGCUUUGGCCCAUAUGAUCGAAGAAGGACGACGAUUUGAUUACGUCUUCGGUGAUCUGACGGACAUUCCUAUUAGCACAACACCACAUGGUGAUGACUGGGAUUUUAUUAGACUAAUCCUCAACUCUUCUAUGAAGGUGUUGAAGUCUACUGGAAAGUACAUGACGCAUGGAAAUGGUGCGUCUUGUCCAGAAUCUUUAAAGAUGUAUGAAGAAGUCUUAUCGCAGCUAUGCGUGCCGGUCACGUUUACGAAGGAUCGUGCUUUCGUUCCAUCUUUUUUCGAGGAUUGGAUCUUCUAUCAAGUUUCACUGAAAUGAUGGAGUCAAGAGUAUUCUGGCAGAACCUGGAGGAUCAUGACAAAUCGGCCUCCUCACAGUCCGCUGCCUGUCUUAUGACCCAAACUCUAUUUCCUAGUUCUAGCCUUAUUAAUUAAUGAAAUUAGUUCCUGAGUGAGGCGAAUCAAACUAUUAUUAAUUAAUAUUUUUCA